AUGGGUAGAGAUACGCCUAAUAAUAGAGCACCUCCCUCUGAUAGGUGGCUUGAUGUUGGUAACCGCAGUGUUGGACACGAGGCACGACAUGACAGUAAAUGGUCAUCUAGGUGGGGUCCAGACGAGAUAGAAACGGAAACACAGACUGAGAAGAGGACAAAUGCAGAGAAGGAAGAUGCUCAUAGUGACACUCAAGCACAUGCAAGUAGCACAAGAGUAGUUUCUGAGCGUGAUCCAGACUCCCAUCGAUCAGGGAUGGAUGAGAAGAAGGCUCAUGUGGUAUUCAUACCAUUUCCAGCACAAAGCCAUAUCAAGUGUAUGCUGAAACUCGCCACCCUCCUCCACCACAACGGCCUUCGAAUAACCUUCGUCAACACCCACUCCAACCACACGCGCCUCCUUACCUCCGCCGUCUCUCACCAUCUUCACGGUGCUCCUGGUUUUCAAUUCCGAUCAGUUCCCGAUGGUCUCCCUUCUACUUCCUGUGGAGAUGAAGAUCAAGAACCACUUCAARCCAUAMWUSAGMUCAMCCGAUACCUGGCAACCAAUUUCUUGGCUUCCUUUCUUGAACUUGUUGCCGGACUUGAAACUCCGGUGACCUGUAUCAUCUCCGAUGGUUUCAUGACUUUCACGAAAACCCGUUUUGCAGCUGAGAAGCUCGGAGUUCCGGUCAUCCUUUUCUGGACAGUUGCUGCCUGUGGAUUCAUGGGGUUUUAUCAGGCAAAAGUUCUAAUGGAUAGAGGGAUUGUCCCACUUGAAGAUGAAAGCUAUUUGACAAAUGGGUUCCUUGAUACCAUGAUCGAUAUCCCGGGUAUGAAAGAGAUCCGAUUAAAGGAUCUACCGGAAUACGUCUUGGGUACAAAAUCUACACAAGCGGGGUGGAAAUUCAUUGUGGAAAUCGCAAAGGAAGCUGAUAAACAUUCACAUAUGAUUAUCCAUACAUUCGGUGAAUUAGAGAGCAGUCUAAUCGAAGUGUUCAAAUCCAUGUUUCCUAACGUCUACACCAUCGGACCUCUGCAGUUGCUUCUGAAUCGGAUAUUUCCGGAAAACGAACCCAACAACUCGAAGCUCAAUGGCUACAGUUUAUGGAAGGAAGAGCCCGAGUGCAUCCAGUGGCUUGAGUCGAAAGAACCGAACUCAGUGGUGUAUGUAAACUUUGGAAGUAUAACAGUAAUGUGUUUACAAGAUCUUCUCGAAUUCGGUUGGGGGCUUGUUAACAGCGACCAUGAGUUUCUUUGGAUCAUCAGGACCAAUUUCGUUGAUGGGAAACCUGCAGUUUUCCCUCAAGAACUCGAGGUGGCGAUCAAAAGAAAAGGGUUUGUAGCAAGCUGGUGCUCACAAGAAGAGGUGCUGAACCACCGGUCUGUUGGUGGGUUCUUGACUCAUGGUGGGUGGGGAUCGGUGAUUGAGAGCUUGUCAGCUGGGAUUCCGAUGGUGUGUUGGCCGUUUUCCGGCGACCAAAAAAUGAACUGCAGACAAAUGUGCAAGGAGUGGGAGGUGGGUAUGGAGAUUGAGGGAAGUGUGAAGAGAGAUGAAGUGGAGAAGCUUGUGAGGGUGUUAAUGGCGGGAGAAGACAGUGGGAGGAUGAGGAAGAAAGCUAUCGAGUGGAAGAAAAUGGCGGAAAUCGCUGCCGGACCCGACGGUUCGUCUUCUCGGAGUACCGAAAAACUUGUUAAUGACAUUAACAUGUUUUCAAGAAACUAA